GACGAGAAUACAUCGAUAUACACUAACAGAGAUAGUGAGCACGUGCCUUAGUAGAGGUGAGGGGGAAAAUGUUCCUGACGAAUGGCCCCGGAGGGGGUGGGCAAGGCAGUGCGAAUGCAACACCGGUAUUCGGCAACAGAGGAAACCAGAACGUGGUCACGGGGCAAGGAUAUGUCGACACUAAUGGAUUCGCAAGAGGAGGAGGAGGUAUGGGUGGAGGCGGUGGAGUAUGCUAUAACUGCGGGAAACCCAGGCACAUCGCCCGGGACUGCUGGGCAGGGAGAAGCCGGAGCUUGGGAAAUCAGCAAGUGGACCAGGAGCUAGAAGAGAUGAAGGAACAUUUUAGACAGAUCAGAAGGGAGAGACGCGAGAUGGAGGAGAGGCGAAAACUGGAGGAAGAAAAGAAGGCUCGAGAAGAAGACGAGCUUAGAAGGAGCCAGGAUUUCGCACGGAAAGCGGAGGAAUUUAAGCUUCAACUACGGGCAGAGCUCAUGGAGGAAUGGCGGAGGAACAAUGCGAGGAACCGAGGGCAGAACGACGUGCACAUGCAUAUGAAGGAUGAUACGGAGACGGAUGCAGAACCAAGAACUCCUUUGACCGGCGGAUUCAAAGGACUUGCCGCAGGUUGUUCACAAAAGGUACUAAUCGAGUAUUGCAUCUCGGCGCAUAAAAUCUACUCAUCAAAGAAAGCGGAUGUGUUGAAGAAACUAUGCGACCAGAAGGGGCUAAAGUAUACGAAGAAACCUAAGGCGGUGGAGCUCCUGGCUAGACAUCAGGUGGAGCUGGCAUAUGAGGACUACGAGGAGGAUCGGCAGACGAACAAAGAAACGACCAAGACUAAGGCCUCCGGCACACCUAGGAAGGAGUUCACGAAAGAUCGUACUACUACGGAGAAGAAGACGCAGAAGGCGGUACCGGUCAUCAUCAGCGGAACGUGUGGAGCGUACAAGAGAGGGUUACCAAUUGUCCGGACACGACUCAUCGAAGCGCUUGAGGACUACGUUAGGGACACGAUUGAACCUAUGCAUUUUAUGAUUGGAUUCGUGCGAGGUGAGCUUCCGGAACUGAGUUCACUGCAAAUGGAAGAAGAAGAAGAAGAAGAAGAAGAAGAAGAAGAAGAAGAAGAAGAAGAAGAAGAAGAAGCUGGAGGAGGACAGACACUGGAAAACAAGAGAGGGGAGUGGGCAGAACAGGAAGGAUUUCUUGAUGGUUAGGGAGAUAAAGGUUAUAGAAAGGACGGCAUUGAAAGUUUCAGUAUCUCUGCUUGUCACAUUGAGAAAUUUGCAGAUGGGGACCAUGGCACACAAAAAGAUAAAAGCACCAUUCAAUC